UAAUCUGAGCUCCUCACAAAAGGAUAAAAUCUGUGUUUUCUAUUUCUAUGCUCGAAAACAACACGGAUCCUCCGCGCAUGCGUACAUUCUAAAAUACGAUUUGCACAACGGUCCAACAUCAAAGAUGGCGGGAGCCUCCGACCUACUGGAGGACAUGCUCUUCAAUGAGGUGGAUGAAAAGGCAGUUAGCGACUUAGUUGGCUCUCUGGAAUCACAACUCGGCGAUCGAAAGGCUCCCGCUGCUUCAUAUUCCGACGUGAAACGGGAGGGAGCUCCGGGCGCCGUCAGUCAAUUCUCAGGGAAAGUGCGCGAUCAAGUGGGGUCUCUGGAGCCGCAACAAGGGCAUCCGAGAGCGGGGUUAAACCCGGAGCCCGGCGCUAAUGAGCCGCUCUCCGGUAGAGCCCUCACCUCCUCUACCUCCUCUGCCACCGCCGGGGCCGUAAUAACCACCGGAGCGAGUCUACAAACAGUUGGAGCGUCUCCUCCCACUAUCUCCCCGGUACCGGGACCCGUAACUUUGAGCACUCAGCCCGCCGCUGCUAGCUUCCACCGGGCUGCGGUCCCGGGUCCGAGUACCAACGUCGUCCCCGCGGCGGAGGCUGUCAGCACCGCUUCUCCCGGAUUACAAAGUUUAAACGGCAACACUGGAGCUGUGAAGUUGGUGAACUCGCCCGCUGUCACUCCUCCAGCCGGGGCCAACACUGUAAUAAGUGCUGUCAGUACCGGUGGCUCCACUAUUAUCGCCUCCAUGGCUUCACAACCUAAUUUUCCUGUACCUCAGUCCUCAGUGGCGUCUCCCGCUGCAGCUGUGCAGAGGCACCCCAGUCCGACGCCCAGCGUCGCCCACAACGGGGUCGACCCUAAGGGUGGCCAGCUGGUGACCCAGUGUGCACCUUCCCCAUCAGCCUCCACGUCUCAGGUCAUGAACCACAGCAACCCUCUGAUGCACACCAAGAUGUUGGUGCCCAGUCAGCCUGUCUCUGGAAACUCUGUCAUCCUGGCCAGCACCCCUCCGUCUGCUGCAACCCAGUCCCCCAUCAGCCAGACUCAGACCGGGACCAGUCCAGGCCAGGCUACUGUCACCCUUGCUGCUGCCGGGGUGAAGCCUGCGGUCAACGGAGUGGGCCAGCCUGCAGUAGCUGUCGUGAGGCCGCUCGGUGCUCCGGUGGUGGCCACCUCCAUCCAGCAGCAGAGAGCAGGGCUGGUGGCCACCUCCACCAGAGCGGCUGCUCCUCAGCCUCCACUGGCAGUCCGGCCUCAGCAGCAGACCACCAUCCAACUGCCCCCGGGGUUCACUAUGCCUCCUGGUAUGGUUCUGGUCCGGACGGAGACGGGCCAGCUGGUGAUGGUCCCUCAGCAGGUCCUGGCCCAGGCGCAGGUCAAGACACAGCAGGGCCAAACGGUGACCAACAUCACCCAGAGACCCGGGACACCGACGGCGGGGGCCACCAUCCGGGUCACCACCGCCAACCCGGUUCCUGGUACGACUCAGACCGUCCGCCUGGCUUCUCCCGCUCAGACCAGACUGGUUCAGUCUCCCUCUCCCUCCACCACCACUGUACAGAAGGCCAUCACGGUGGCUCCCGGCGGUACAGCGGUGUCGGUGAAGAUGGCCCCCGCUCAGAAGGCUCCGACGGUGAUAACGCCGGGGGGGACGCCUGUGGCGAAGCCCGCCGGCGUGCCGUCCACCCCCCCGAUGACCAGCACGACGCCGGCUCCGGCCGCUACGCCCGCUGCCAGAGUGACCGUGGUGUCCCAGGAGAUGCAAGAAAACGUGAAGAAAUGCAAGAACUUUCUGGCCACGCUGAUCAAGCUGGCGUCCCACAACUCCCCCUCCCCAGAUACCUCCAAGAAUGUGAAGGCCCUGGUGCAGGACCUACUCGAUGCUAAGAUUGAGCCGGAGGAGUUCACCACUCGGCUGCAGGCGGAGCUGAAGUCGUCUCCACAGCCCUACCUCAUCCCCUUCCUCAAGAAAAGUCUCCCCGCCCUGCGUCAGUCUCUUCUCAACAGCCAGCAGUCUCUGACGACAGUCCCCCCCAGCACCUCCGCGCCCCCUCUGGCCGCCCCCGGCGCCGUCACCACCACCGCCAUCCAACCGCGGCUGCCCAUCAGUCCCGCCACCAGCACCGUCCGACUGAACGCACCGCUCACAAACACAGCUCUGGCUGUGGGCAGAGCAGGAGUGCAGACUGUGCAGACUCGUUCACCUGUUGUCGUCAAUCAGACUCUCAGACCUCAAGGUGCACUUGUAAGAGGACCCGCCACCAUAGUGGGCAAAAGUCCUAUUCACCUUGCAGCCCAGGCCAAUCAGAAGAAACUGAGUGACCCAGGGGGCGGGACUUUCAGAGAUGACGACGACAUCAACGAUGUGGCGUCCAUGGCCGGCGUCAACCUCAACGAGGAGAACGCCCGUAUCCUAGCGACCAGCUCGGAGCUCGUCGGCACCAAGAUCCGCUCCUGUAAGGACGAGUCUUUCCUGCCCACGGGUCUGCUGCACCGC